CUUCAUGUCUACCAACUUAUUACUUCCUCAAGCAACUUUAAGAGGACAUUUGGAAGGAGUUUCAGCUUUGCAGUUUUGGAAUGGCAGUCGAUACUUGGUUUCAGGUGACUAUAGUGGAAAGUUAAUUUUAUGGAACGUCAACAAUCGAGUUCCUUGUUGGAUUGACGAGAAGACCCAUACAAACUCUGCUAUUAUGGAAGUUUAUCCUUCUCCUUACAAUAUGGAAAGCUUUUAUUCUCACGACAAGACAGGGCUCGUUGUUCAUUGGCAAUGUGUCGAUGGCGAGUUAGUUGCUACUUCUCGAAGCAAAGAUACCAUUCACUUGGAAGCGAGUCAAAAGUUCCAUGUAGGAUAUUCUGGUAUAUCCAGAAGUUCCAUGUUUCAUAAUCUCUUAGCUGUUGCUCGAAGUAUGCCUCAGGACUCGUUGGUUAUUUACGAUGUGUCAUCGAAUGGAAGUUUAGAAAAGCCAAUUAUUUCUUUUGAUCAUAAUGAGAAUUUUCGUUGUGGUUUUUGUACCUUGGUCGGGUUUCUCAAUGAACAAGUUGUGAUGACUCUUCAUGAAGAUGGCUCAAUCAAGUUGUGGUCUUUGAGUCGGCAAGAAAUGACACAACAUCUCAAGUUUGGGUCUUUUACAUUGUUAUCGUAUGACAAGUAUAGUCAUUCAUCCCAUUGGAAAGUAUUGAUUGGAGGAACCCAUAAAACACUUGGCCUAUUCGACUUUGAUGGUCAAAUUCUGAAAGAAGAAUCAAAGUGUCCAUUAAAGAAGGGUGGAAUAGGAGAUAUUUCUGUUCGAGAUGAUGAACGUAUAUUGGCAGUUGCACAUUGGGAUACCAAAGUUCGUCUAUAUGAAAUACGAAAUCAAUUUAGACAAUUGGUUACUUUACCUCACAACAACCAAAGGUAAGAAGAACAUCUCUACCAACCACUUUUCUA